CACGCACUUGACAACACCGUAGCGUCCUAUGAAACGGACCUGUCAAAGUGAAAGGAAAGAAUCUUUAAACAGUUGAAGAGGAGUUUGUUGAUUGAAAUGGUUAUAUAUACCCGUCAUGUCUGAACAAAGCAUGGAGACGGAAAUUAACGGUGUUGUUAUGGAGGCCAACGAGGAGGAAGAUCUCGCGGAAGAAUUCCCUCCAGUGGGUGAUGAGGUCGACAUAUCUGAAAAUGUUUACGCACAGGGAAAGAAAUUAGUCCUCGAUCUUAACGAUCAAAUGCUCAGAUCCGUUCCAAAUGGAUGCUUCCAGAUAGAAGCAAUAAAUGCCUUAAUUCUAUCGCAGAACGAAAUAUCUGAAAUUCCUGACAAUAUUGACUCGCUCACACAUCUUGAAGAACUAUUUUUGGCGGGAAAUAAAUUGAAACAAUUGAAUCCAAAUGUAUUCUGUUUGCCUAGGUUAAGAGUGCUAGAUAUCUCAAAUAACGAGUUAGAGUCCAUUUCACCAGAUAUUGCAAACCUUCAGGGAUUGACUGAAUUAUUUGCCAACGGAAAUCGGUUAGUAAAUAUUCCUGUAGAACUAUGUGAGAUAGAAUCACUGCUCUGUCUUCAGAUGAACGAGAAUCGAAUAAAAGAAAUUCCAGACCGAUUUUCUAACCUGAUAAAUUUGCAAGUUUUAAGCCUGGAAAGAAAUGACCUUGACUUUCUGUCACCGGAAGUGUGUCGUCUUGACGACAUUCGAAGGCUCGGCCUGUCCGGAAACCAUAUAACUAACCUUCCACGUGAGUUAGAAAAUCUUGUGUUCUUGGAGCAGUUGUUGUUGGACGAUAACGAAUUUGAGUUUAUUCCCGUGCAAGUGUUUUGGUUGCCAUCUUUAACAGAACUUACCCUGAGUGGAAACAAACUAAAAUCCAUCCAAACAGAAGUAAAAAAUCUCAAGAAUUUAACGGUACUCGGAUUGAACGGAAACGAAUUGGAAUUUCUCCCUGAUGAAAUAUGUGAGCUAGAAAGUCUUGAAGUUCUUGGGCUAGAAAAUAACAAGCUAAAAGCAUUACCAAAGCUUGUGUCAAAGCUGAAUAAUUUGAAGGAGAUUUAUUUGGGCAAUAAUAAUCUUACAUGCGUGCCGGAAGAUCUCUUCUGGUGUACUCAAUUGGAGGUUAUCAGCUUGAUGAAAAACCAGAUAUUUACUCUUCCGGUGGAACUUGAAAAUCUGAAAUCCUUACAUUCCCUCACGCUGUCGGAUAACAAGUUUAAAACACUGCCUGAUGCCGUCGGUGCUUUGAUCAGCCUUCAACUUUUGGCCGCCGACGGAAAUCAGCUUUCAGAACUUCCAGGCAAUUUCGGCGACCUUGCUGCACUGAGACAAGUUACCUUAAGCAGGAACAGUUUUAGCCUGUUCCCCACCCAGCUUUGUGUCAUACAAGCAUUAGAACUGAUCGAUAUCCAAAUGAAUAGCAUUCAAAUAAUACCGAGCGAAAUUGCUGCUCUUGUGCAUCUUGCGAUUCUUAGAAUGAAUAUCAACAUGGUCCAGUACUUUCCCGCAGAACUUUGCAAACUUCCGGAACUACAAAUGAUCGAUCUCUCAAACAACAACAUCGAAGAUGUCCCAGAAUGCAUCGUGAAGCUGACAAGCCUUGUCGACCUCAAUCUGUCCAAUAACAUGUUCAUGGAAUUCCCAAGUCCGCUUUUCGGAAUUCCAAAUUUAGAAACACUGAAUUUAAGCCAAACAAAAGGUCAUAAGCUUCUUGUAUUGCCAGACGAGAUUGAGAACUCGAACGUGAAGCACUUGAUAAUGUCUGGCAAUAAGCUCCGAACACUUCCGAACACUGUUUGUCGGAUGAGAAACCUCGUUUCAUUGGUUGUUGACCACAAUGAUCUCCAAUCGCUGCCAAGCGUUAUCUGCGGGAUGCACAGCUUACGAGUGCUCCAUCUCAACGACAACAACCUGUCGUCACUUCCAGAGAACUUUGAGCAGCUGCAGACGCUGAAGGAACUCCGCCUCCAUGGCAACCCUUUGCGCACUCCGCCUAUGGACGUGUGCGUCAGUGGUGUAGUGCAGCCCAUUGGUCGCUUCAUCAGACGCGCCUUGGAGAGGGACGAUAUGCUGCUUCUGAAAACGUUUGAUGUCUUAAAAUCCGCACUGAAUAAGAACGAAUUGCGGUACUUGAUGAAGAAACUGAAACUUCCUGAAGACAAAGUGCUCGAAAUCGAGCAGGCCUACGCGGGAAAAGACAAAUUGCAGGAUCGCGUCUAUAACUCGCUUCUCUUUUGGCGGGAACACAGAGGACCUCUUGCAACGCUGGAUGAGCUUAUACGCGUGUUUCACAUCAUAGGCUACGACCAGCUGUGCGACAAGUUACGGACAAUGAAGAUAUACAGCCAACGAUUGCGCUUGUAAUAAACCUUCGUUCGAAUAGUUAGAGAAUGUCAUUUAUAACUGGGGACACAGACGCUUUACUGUCAAUGGCAGGAUGCCAUGCUGAAAGCCCCCGCAUUUCGGUUGAUCUUUCUUUUUGGUUAGUAUUGUGUAAAAGGCAGUAGUUUAGAUAGCUUGAUGAUUCACUCGUAGGCUAUAUGGGAGCGCGACCGUUUAAGUGUUCAAGUCGGCAAACGCAUUCAAAGAGUAUAUGGAAUACAACAUUUUUUCGUUAUAAUUUCUGUACGAACACUCAUUUAAAUCGGUUCGAUAGCUUUAUUUCCAAUGCAAUUGUAAUGCUGCAUAAACAUGUUAAACAUGGCGUGUUUUUUAGAGUUAAAUGCGAUGUCUUUAAUGGCCUGAUUUACUCGAGGGUGAGUAUCGCAUAACGGCGAGUGGCAACUUAGCAUGCCCGCCUUUUAUACGUUUGUGUUCAUAAAAAAUAACAGUAUAGUGUAGAUCGUUUCCCUUUUAAUAAAUAUUUCAAUUAGAAAAAAAAUCGCUAAUAAUUUGACACGUCGAGUUUAGUGCAAAUAGUUGUGAGUUUAAUAUUUUAUUCAACGUUUAUUAAUUCAUAAUAAUUAUUUAUAAAAGCUGUAUUUCUAUGCAAUUGAUUAACUUUUUUGCAACCCGAUGACCAGUUUGAAUAAAAAUCUUAUAAUUAAAAUACAAUCUAAAAUCUCAAAUAUAUAUAUGUAUAAUUCUAAAAAUCGAUUUUAAAAUCGUCAAAGCGAUUCAUGACAAACACACUUGGCAUUUUUGCUUUUUUACGUGAUUUUCAUGUUUUGAUUAUAAAGAAACUUAACUUAUAAAGUAGGAGAAGCAUUUGUUUUGCUUUAUAUAUAAUUUACAGGAUUAUUGUAUAGAAAUAUUGAAGAUAAUACAGCAAUCACUUCUUAACUUUGCAACGCUUGACCAAUCUUUGCCGCUUGCAUUGCAGUAAACGCCCCUUUAAGCUUUAGAAUAAAAUCUAAUAAAUGACGUCACAAAUUUACAUUUUUAUCGAAGGGCUAUCGUGUUUUUCGGUCAUUAAACGAAUGAGAUCUACAUUGUUAUGCUUUAGGGCCCUGGGCAUGUACAUCUUAAAGGGGCCGUCCAACAGAUUUUGGCAUGUAUUGAAGCAUGUCAUUAAACGCUUUAUAUUGAUAAAUUUAAACAUUUUACCUAAAAAUCUCCAGUAAAAAAGAAAUACAAUUUUAAAAAAGGAAAAAAGUAAACCUCAACAGGUCUCGCACGACUGACCCCUGGAGUCCUGGAGUAUAAAGUCUCCCGCCUAGACCACUCGACCAUCCAUACUCAUGAUGUACUUUUUACCUAUAUACGCAAUCCUCGUAGUUUCCCAAAAUAUAACUACAGCAACAGAACUUUCCAAUUUAUUCAAUCGUUUUGCGUCGCACGACGCUUUAUAAUUUUCAGGUUUUCAAAUCGUCAAAAGAUUCAUAUAGUGGCUAUUUAAAAGCAUAGUAAACGGUCAGUAUUACUAUUUCCUCAAAAAUAUCAUAACAAAAACGAAAAUUUGCGAAUCUGAAACAACUUUUGUUUGUUUGUCAAUUUACCAAUCUGUUGGACGGCCCCUUUAAUGGCGAGCGACAGCUGAUCGUUAACCUAGUAUUACAUACGUUCGUGUAUUAAUGUUCGUAAUUAAUGAUUUUUUUUUCAACGGAUGUGAAACACCUCAAAUUGUGAACAAAAACGAAUUACCUCAUAGUUUUCUGUCCUUAUAUGUCGUAAUCGUAACACCGAAUACGCCUGGCCACCGGCUACGUUUUGGAGAUCGCUAUCGCCCAAAUCUGUGUAUGUUAUCUGUUCUGUUGUUUGCUGUUUUUGGUGAAAGUAUGUUUUAUUGUUACUUAUUAUAUCGGUUUAAUUAUUAUUAAUUAUAUCGAUAGGGUAAUUAUUAUAAUAGAUUGCAAUAAUAGUGUAUGUGUUACGUGUGUUUGGUCUGGAAAAAAAUGACGUCAAUUAUUGCAAUAAUAUUAAACGUACAGACACAUGGUUUAUUUGAAAGACUAAUUUAAAGUUACAUUCAAUGAUAUUUGAAUGAUAUUUGUACCGUCUCACGAGUCCACCCUAUCAGUGCUUGUUAUCUAGAGUAGUGAAUAUGGCUUACUGAAACAAUCGUUGACGUUAUGUAUAUGCAUCUAUAUAUACCGUAAUUACUCUAUGUUUUCGGACACAGUAAGUUUUCGGACACUCCCUUUUUAGCAAAAAUAAUUAUUUUUCGUGACUCUUUAUUUUCGGACACACGAGUUUUCGUCCGUUAUUUAUGUCUCUAAGUUUUCGGACAGUAUAUUUUACAUCGCUAUUUUACCAAAUUUCGAACCUGUUUUCGAUAUUUAAUGACACUUCGAUCAUGGGGUUUUACAACCAGAUUAACAUCAUAAACAUUGCGGGUGCAUGCCUGAGGGCAAUGGACCAUAACAUUUGCGUUAUUGGGUAAAUAACCUUGUAAACCGGUAUUAAACAAUGGUUUCGCCCGAUAGCAUAAGCGUUAUGACCAGGGGUAGUGACAAUUAGCAGUUCAAUUAUCUACCGCAAUGGUACUACCCCUUCUCAGUAAAAUAACUGUGACAAAUACUAAAUGUUUCAAAUUGUGAUGCACCCUAUUACAAGUUUUACGAACAAUGGAAAGUGUUACACAACAACUAUCGGAAAUGAACAAACAAAGAAUUCAUAGUUUGCUUUUUUAUUGCGUUAAUUAUAGGUUUAUACAAGCGUGUAUCGGUACAUCACAUGCUCAUUUUUGAACUCGUUGGUCAAAGUACAACCUUGAAGUAAAAUAAAUUAAGCAUUAACAAUUAUUUAAAAUUCAGUGAAAACAUGUAUAACUGUUAUUUAUACUAUACGGUAUGGUAUUUUACAAGCGCGUGCUAUUACCGGUAGUCGUUGAUACAAUUGACGCUAUUUUCGGACACAUUUCCAUUUUCGACUCUAAGUUUUCGGACACCUGUAUUUUGUUAAUAUUUUUCGUAUGUUAGUUUUCGGACACGAAACAAAUUAAUUAUUUUUAAGUGUCCGAAAACAUAGAGUAAUUACGGGGUAGCUCUGAAAGUAUUGUUUAUUGAAAAUGUACAUUUUCACUAUUACUGUUGCAUAUGUUAUUUUACUAUUUCUGUGAUAUUCAUGUCUAUAUUUGAAUUUAUCAUUCUUCUUUGCAAAUUUUAUUUGCUGAGCUACUUUUAUCAUUUCAUCAUUAUUGAUACUGAAACUAGGUGGUGUAGUUUUUUUUAUAGACAAAGAAUAAUGAUAAUUAUUUUCAAUAUAUGCAGUGUGUAUCGACUUAUCGUUCAUUAAUGUUUCAAUAAAUACAGUACAACGCAUAUUUGUAUAAAUACAAAUUAAAAUGUUUGAGCGUCUAACUGCUUUUUUCCAUACACUGCCUUAGCUAUUUGAAGUUUGCAUCGGUCAAUGAAAACGAGCUGUGCUUUCCUUUCUACGCCAUUUUUUAACAAUAUGUUUACAGCAUUUUGGUGAUAUUCGUGUCAUUUAAUGAGGUGAGUGGCCAAUCUCGCGUUCCCUCGAAAAUGUUCGAAUAUCGUCGCGGGAAAUUCACAUGAAAUAUAAUGUCACACAAAAAGUAAAAAACGGGCAUUAUGUAUCUCGUUAAAUAUAUAUUACCAGACCACAUCUAGCGUUGACAUUUUGGCUAUUGCUAUAAGAAACACUGAUGUUUUGUGGGUUUACUUUAUUUUACGAAAUAAUUUACGAAAUAUUCGUUGAUUUUUAGUAUUUAUGUGGUUUUAAACGAUCUCAGUCGAGUCCAGAAGCUCAUAUUUUCCAAUGCAAAUGUAUGUAAAUUCAUGCAUCUUAUUUAUCAAUGUUAAAUUUAGCGAAUUGUUGAUUAGAUACACAGUAUAAUUAGCUAAAUAUUCGUAUUUAAAGAGCAUUUAACUGUUAUCGUACACGUGCCUUUAGCUAAUUUGCUAUAUUUUUUCUCUUAGUAUCAUCAUAAACACGCGUGUUUUGUAUAUCAGUAAAUAGGCUUAACAAAGAAACGUGUCAAAGUAAUCUUUAAAUUAGCAGCGUUCUGAGAAAACUGGGCAUAAUACCUGUGCGUAAAGUGUCGUCCCAGAUUAGCCUGUGCAGUCCGCACAGGCCAAUCAGAGACAACACUUUCCGCUUAUAUGGUGUUUUUAGUUUCAAGGAAGUCCCCCCUUACCGAAAAUUUAGGCGGAAAGUGUCGUCCCUGAUUAGCCGGUGCGGACUGCACAGGCUAAUCUGGGAUGACACUUUACGCACAUGCAUUAAGCCCAGUUUUCUCAAACCAAGGCUCAAAUGGACAUACUUAAUUGUGUUUUACUAUUCCUGCUUUCUUACAACGACUAAAAAAUUUAACCAUAGUUUUGCUUUUUUAAUAUCAUACUUUAUUUAUAUCGAUAUUUUAUUUUAACUUAGUGAUAUAUUUGAUUAAAUAGUUCCAUCUAUGGACGAAAACGAA